GAACCAUUCCCAACACCCCUCCAUCUUAUGAAUAUGGUUUAUAUCCCCAUAAUGAAUAUAGAGCUGAUUGUUUCGUUCUUAUUUAGUUCCUCCUCACGGUGGUGGUGGUAUCGGUUUGGACAGAGUCGUGGCAUGGUACUUGAACUUACCCUCCGUUCAUUUGGCCGCUUAUUAUCCUAGGACUCCCAAACGGCUAUUUCCUUAGAAGGGUAGUCAAAUUAUUAGAAAUGUCUAGAUCGAUCUAUGUAUGCAAAACACCAAGACGAAGAGUAAACGUCCUAGAGAAUAACGAUAAUCUCUUUUGUGAUAAGUCAAGGUGAAGGCGCCAAUGCCGGGCAGGCCAGGUUAUGCACCUAACCAGGCUCUCCACAAGGUCGCAUAUUUAUGAGCCGCUGCCCCACUAAAAUUUUCUGUCUGCCGCGCCCUGGAUCAAUAGCGUUGAUCUGCUAUCAACUGAAUUUCCCAUCGCUCAAUGUGAAUCGCAAUCUCUGCUUGUCUACCUUUUUGCAAUAGUAGACUAUUACUCUCACUUCUAGAAAAUAUCUUAUCUCACCCAAGAGUCUUCACUGUCCUCCCAUAGCGACCAGAAACCUGUAAAAUGCCUUCCUCUAAGAAGCGAAAGUCUCACGACGAUGACCCCGCUACUUCUACCACAGCAACCACCGCGAUAGAGAUACCGAGCAAGAAGCGAAGACGUGCGAGUGCUGGUGAGGGCGGAGAGGAUUCCAAGCUUGAGCGAAAGAAGAGCAAGAAGUCGAAGAAGGACAAGAAGAAGGACGUUGUCGAGGAAGAAACACAAGAUGUCACAGGCCCUGAAGCAGAAGCAGGCGUAGAGCGGGGGUCAGGCGCCGCAAAGACCUCAGAAACAACAGAUUCCAAACCCGUUUCCUCCAAAAGCAAAAAAGAGAAGAAAAAGAAGCCCUCGGCCACGCCAACCCCAUCCGAAGCACCAAAGACGGAAACCUCCCCCGCCGAAACGAAGACAGAAGCCGACGCAGCUACAGCAGAAGAAGGCGAACACGACGCCAAAAAGCGCUUCAUCGUCUUCGUGGGCAACCUGCCCUACAGCGCGACGCCAGAGCAGAUAACGACGCACUUCGCCUCGGUCCACCCGACCGCCGUCCGGCUGCUGCACCAGAAGCACGACCCGACGCGGUCGCGCGGGAUCGCGUUCGUCGAGUUCGCGCGCUACGACCACAUGAAGACGGCGCUGAAGCUCUUCCACCACAGCGUCUUCAAAUGUCCUCCCCCUUCUUCUUCUUUUUCUUCUUCUUCUUCUUUUUUAAAAUCGAAUAAUAAAAAUCGCGGGACGCGUAAAUGGGGUGAACAAGGAGGGAGGGGAGGAGCAGGGGGGAGUGAGGGCAUGGAAGAGCGCAAGAUCAACGUCGAGCUCACCGCCGGCGGAGGCGGCAACACCGAGUACCGCCGCGAGCGCAUCCGCGCCAAGAACGAGAAGCUCAACGACGAGCGCGCGCGGCGGGCGCAGGAGGAGGCGCGGCUGAAGGAUAAGAAGGAGCGGGAGAAGGGGAGGAAGAAUGGUAAUGCUGGUGGUGGAGAAGGGGAAGGGGAAGGGGAAGGGAAAUCUGGUGCGCCGGAUGCUGUUCAUCCAAGUAGGCGGAGACGCGUUCAUGGAGCGGCGUAAUGGGACGGAUGGAAUGGGGAAACUCUUUUUUUUGAUACCCAUUGAUUGUGAAAAGUACGACGACAAUGUAGAUACAGUGCUAAGAGCCAGGAGGGAGACAGACUGCUUCCUUCGUUGUGAGUCUAGGGAAGAGAGGCACCCAAUUCUCCUAACAAAAUGACAUUGCAAAUACUAAACAACUUGAAAACGGCAAUAUAGAACGUUGAC